AUGCUGCGGCCUAAGACUCCGAGGAUUGGAAUCGUCAGACUUGAUCAGCCGCGGACGGCAAAGACCGCGGUGCUUGGAGAUCUGGUGGCACCACAGAGCCUACAGGGGGUGGCACCACAGAGCCUACAGGGGUCGGAGAGCUUGUCCCAAACGGAUAUCAUCUACAGGAGAGCAGAAGGAUACACGUUCUCCGUCUGCGUCUCUGGACACCCCGUGAACGCACCUGAUCAGCUGCAGCUCACGCGGGGCGAGGUCAGGAUCCGCGGGACUCAGGGCGAUCCGCAGCACCUCUUUGAAGUCGGCGGCAACCAGCCGCCGCGUGCACGCAAUCCCUCGUUCACUGAACCAUGGGUAGUGAAUGGGCGCGCUGUGGGCGUCGUCUACAUCUACCUGCCCGAGCUCAUCCUUGCCAAUCUCAAGCAAACUUUGGCCGAGCUUCGCGAGCUUGAGUGCCGGUGCCUCUCCUCUUCAUGCGGAUUCAUGGCCAACAUCAACUCUUUCUGCGCCGCGCGCUCCGGGAUGCCGACACUGAUGUCGACUCUCGACCUGCUGCCGACUCUCUUGCUGUCGCUGCCCCCAGAGGACGUCAUCCUCGUCCUUACCUCCAACGGCACGAACUUCAAGCGGCACGCGGAAACACUGAUUCCGCCACAUGUCCCUCUGAAGAGACUUCGCGUCUGCGGGCUGGAGCAGGUGCGCGGAUUCGGCGCAGAGGUUGCCUCAGGUACAACUGUGGACCCGUUGCUCGCAGAGGCUGGCAUUGUCGGGGCGGUGGUGGAGGCCUUCACGGCCACAGCACCAAGCCCUAUCGGUGCGAUUCUACUCGAGUGCACCGAGCUGCCAGGCUAUUCGAACGCGCUGCGCCAGAAGUUCAAUCUGCCCGUGUACGAUGUGCUCACGCUCUGCUCGCUGCUCAUCGCUUCCGUGGCCGUGAGCCCUACCCUAGGCGCACAUGCCCACUUCGUGAACGAAAUGUAA